CUUCCAGUUCAAUGGGGUUUAUUCGAGUGCUUGCGAUCAUAGUGUGUUCACAGAUGGCCUGCCGGACAAGUUUUCAAUGAAUAUUCUAGGUCUUUACAGUCAAAUGCCCAAAUUCACGGCAAUUAUGGAUAUAAUUCGUUUGUUAUGGAUAAUACGGAUUGUGUGGGCUGUUGAAGAUGUGUUGAUGGACUCCACAACGGCAACGGCAGAGCUGGGCUGGACGAUAUAUCCAUCACUGGGGUGGGAAGAGGUGAGUGGCUAUGACGAGAAGAUGAACACCAUCCGCACCUACCAGGUGUGUAACGUCUUCAACGCCAACCAGAACAACUGGGUGCGCACCAAAUACAUCCAGCGGCGGGGAGCCCAGCGGAUCCACGUGGAAAUGAAGUUCUCCGUGCGAGACUGCAGCAGCAUCCCUAACGUCACUGGCUCUUGCAAGGAGACUUUUAAUCUAUACUACUUUGAGGCUGACAGGGACGUAGCCACCAAGGUGUAUCCCGCAUGGAUGGAGAACCCUUGGAUCAAGGUGGAUACCAUUGCGGCCGAUGAGAGUUUCUCCCAGGUGGACCUGGGCGGUCGUGUGAUGAAGAUCAACACGGAAGUACGCAGCUUCGGGCCUGUGUCCCGCAAAGGUUUCUUCUUGGCUUUCCAGGACUAUGGAGCAUGCAUGUCACUCAUCGCUGUGAAGGUUUUCUAUCGCAAAUGCCCCCGAGUUAUUCGGAAUGGGGCCAUCUUUGAGGAGACCUUGUCAGGUGCGGAGAGCACCUCUCUGGUCUCUGCCCGGGGCAGUUGUGUACCUAAUGGAGAGGAAGUGGAUGUUCCCAUUAAACUGUACUGCAAUGGAGAUGGGGAGUGGCUGGUACCUAUUGGGCGCUGUGUGUGCAAGGCCGGUUAUGAGUCUGUGGACAACGGGACUGUGUGUAGAGCAUGUCCAUUUGGGUCCUUCAAAGCAUCUCAAGGGGACCAGCAGUGUCUCCAGUGUCCCAUCAACAGCCGCACUACCAGCGAGGGUGCGACCAACUGUGUGUGCCGCAGUGGAUACUACCGUGCAGACUCUGACCCUCUACAGAUGCCCUGUACCACGGUUCCGUCUGCACCCCAGAGAGUGAUUUCUAGUGUGAACGAGACUUCCCUGCGGCUGGAGUGGGAUCCGCCGAAAGAGAGCGGAGGCCGGGAGGAUGUGGUCUAUAACAUCAUCUGCAAGAGCUGCGGUUCGGGUCGAGGAGCCUGCACUCGCUGCGGUGACAAUGUGCAGUUUGUGCCCCGCCAACUGGGCCUGACCGAUCCCCGGGUCCACAUCAGUGACCUGCUGGCCCACACGCAGUACACCUUUGAGAUCCAGGCUGUGAAUGGAGUGUCUGACCAGAGUCCCUUCUCACCUCAGUUCACCGCUGUCAACAUCACCACAAACCAGGCCGCUCCAUCUGCUGUGUCGAUCAUGCAUCAGGUCAGUCGAACUGUGGACAGUAUCACAUUGUCCUGGUCCCAACCAGACCAGCCCAAUGGAGUCAUUUUGGACUAUGAGCUACAAUAUUAUGGGAAGAAUACAGCAGGGUCUAACUCCUCUGUACUGCGGAGUCAGACUAAUACAGCAGUUAUCCGUGGCCUGAAGCCAGGGACCAUCUACGUGUUCCAGGUGCGGGCCAGAACAGUGGCGGGCUUUGGACGUUUAAGUGGGAAGAUGUACUUCCAAACAAUGACUGAAGAGGAGUACAGCUCCAGCCUGCAGGAGAAACUGCCCCUCAUAAUCGGCUCUGCUGCUGCUGGUGUUGUUUUUCUCAUCGCUGUGGUUGUGCUCAUUAUCGUCUGUAAUCGGAGAGGAAGUGACAGGACUGAAUCUGAAUACACUGACAAACUUCAGCAUUACACCAGCGGCCACAUGUCUCCAGGAAUGAAGAUCUACAUUGAUCCUUUCACAUAUGAGGAUCCCAAUGAGGCAGUGCGCGAGUUCGCCAAAGAAAUAGACGUGACCUGUGUGAAAAUCGAGCAGGUCAUUGGUGCAGGUGAGUUUGGAGAGGUAUGCAGCGGUAAUCUCAGGCUUCCUGGGAAGAGGGAGAUUCUGGUGGCCAUUAAGACUCUGAAAUCAGGCUACACUGAGAAGCAGCGGCGGGACUUCCUGAGCGAAGCCAGCAUCAUGGGCCAGUUUGACCACCCCAACAUCAUCCACCUGGAAGGAGUGGUGACCAAGAGCACUCCAGUAAUGAUCAUCACUGAAUUCAUGGAGAACGGAUCACUGGACUCCUUCCUUCGGCAAAACGAUGGCCAGUUCACUGUCAUCCAGUUGGUUGGCAUGCUGCGUGGCAUUGCAGCUGGCAUGAAGUACCUCUGUGACAUGAACUACGUACAUCGUGAUCUGGCUGCCCGCAACAUCCUGGUUAACAGCAAUCUAGUCUGCAAAGUAUCCGAUUUUGGGCUUUCUCGCUUUUUGGAAGAUGACACGUCAGAUCCUACAUACACAAGUGCCCUGGGAGGGAAAAUUCCAAUACGAUGGACUGCUCCCGAGGCCAUUCAAUACAGGAAGUUCACAUCCUCGAGUGAUGUGUGGAGCUAUGGCAUCGUAAUGUGGGAGGUUAUGUCCUAUGGAGAGCGACCUUACUGGGACAUGAGCAAUCAAGAUGUAAUAAAUGCUAUCGAGCAGGAUUAUAGGUUACCUCCUCCUAUGGACUGUCCAAAUGCACUGCACCAGCUAAUGUUGGACUGCUGGCAGAAGGACAGAAACAACCGGCCGAAGUUCAAUCAGAUUGUUAACACUCUGGAUAAGAUGAUCCGUAAUCCUGGCAGCCUGAAGGCCACCACCCCUCUCUCUUCGGGCGUACAUCUACCUCUGCUGGACCGCAGCACACCAGACUUCUCCAGCUUCAGCACAGUGGAUGAAUGGCUGGACGCUAUCAAAAUGGGCCAGUACAAAGAGAACUUUGCCAAUGAAGACCUCACUACCUUUGAAGCCGUGUCUCAGAUGACUAUGGAUGACAUUCUGAGGGUGGGAGUCACACUAGCAGGCCACCAGAAGAAGAUUCUCAACAGUGUGCAGAUGAUGCGAGCCCAAAUGAACCAGAUCCAGUCAGUGGAGGUUUGAUUCUUAAGAGGGGAGGAUGGGACUAGCCUGUGCACACCAGACCCCUGUGGACCUUCUCACAGAAAGACGCCCCCCUCAGCGAGCCCUCUGUCCAGAGCCCAGCAGUCACUUUCUCUAGGGAUGAUCAAGAACAGAUCUCCGCAAGACCGCUUUGGUCUCGAUACUGCACCAGCACUCUGAAGGCAACCUGUAGUCUUUGCAAUGGCCAAAAUGAUCCAUAGAUGUCAUUCUGGCUACAUUUACAUGCAGGUCCAUAUUCCAGUAUUAUCUCUGACUUUGCAGUAUUUCUAUUCUAUGAAACCACAUAAAAGCCUCUCAUGUUGGUAUAUCUAUUAUGCAUUUCUAAUUUAAGGUGGCGGCUUUGUUAAAUAUAAAAAAAGAAUUGCCUUUUUUUUUUGCUCUAUUUAAUUAAUAGAUUUAA